CUUAAUUAUUUUUCGGCUGGAUAUUUGCAGAUUGACGAUUCGAAACGUCGAGAUGCACCGUCGGAGAGUUUCUUCAAAGUGAUUUACAUAGACAUCACUUUUUACUAUUGGCUUUUGCUUAUUAUUUCGGUUGUUGCUAUUGUUGCUAAUUUGUUUGUUGUACGGUCAGUUUUAAUAAGGAAAUACAAAUACUUACAAAAAACUUGUAUAAUUUCGCUGGCAAUCUCUGACAUUUUAACAGUAGUAACAUUUUGCAUCAACUAUCUAGAUUUAUUAGGCAAACCAUUGAAUUUUGUUUGGUCUUCAGGUGAAUUUCUAUGCUGGUACAAUCCAGUAGGACAAGUUUUAGGAAACCUGCUCAGCUCUCUAGCGCUUCUUGUGAUAGCACUAGACCGGUACCACAACGUCAUUUACGCACUGAACAAAGCCUGGAACCCGAAAUUGUGGAAAUGCAUCGUCGGGGUACUGCUUUCCUGGGGUUUGUGCCUCGGCAUUUCGUAUCCGAUGGCGACUUUUUACUUUCACAUACCGUUGCGAUUGCCUAAUGGCAAAGACGUUUACAUGUGCACUGGUACCAGUACCACUCGUGGAGACAUAACUUUUUACUAUGUUUUAGUUGCUGCAUUAUUUUUUGUGCCACUUAUUACAAUGUUUUUAUCGUUUUAUUAUAAAAUUGCCUUUCUGGUAUGGAAGCAUAGGAAACCGGUUGGUUCCAGAACAAAAAUCGAAGAGUUAGAGGUGUCUUCGUCAACAAAAGCCCCAUCAGAUUUGCCCAACAUUAUAACAAAUAACGUAAAAAAGAAGAAAAACAUGCAAAUGCAAAGGAAAAUUAGGACCUUCAAAAUAGUCAUUGUGCUAAUAUUUGCCUUUAUUUUUUGUCGAAUGCCUUACUGGUUGUACUGGCUACUCAAAAUGCUGACUCCGAUCAGAAACAGCGACGCAAUGUGGAGGCUGACGCUGACUUUUACCGCACUAAACUUACUGAAUUGUGCUAUGAAUCCGUUUCUGUACACUUACCUGAACCAAAGUAUUUACGUAUGUCGCAAAAUCAACGAGUGCAUUUGUACGACUUGUUGCUGUUGCUUUUCAAAUGCUGAGUUUGAUGAGUACGAAAAAGGUAAGCCGUUUGCCGAAGGAGUAAUGGGCAAAGUAGUUGCUACAGUGGAACAACCCAAGGCAAAUCCUUACUAUGAGAGGUUUCCACAGGUGCCGCACUUUCCGAAAUAUACUUCGAUUAACAGAUUUUAAUGAGCAAAUAAAAAUAUUUUGACUUUUUUUUUGUGGUUUUUAUUGUCAAGGGUUGUUUUAGAGGGUGGGCCAUAAUAAGCUGGUGAGUAGUUCCAAUAUAUGUGGACUAAAUCCCUGAUGAUUUCAACUUAUUUGGACUUAUAAAAUCUCAUUAAGGAAUAAGCAGGGAAUUUUUCAAUUUUACAAUUUCAAUUCCAAAUCUCACAUUGACGCAGUAAGAAGCUUUAAGAGGGUCAUUUAAAAACAACCUAGGAAAAUUUGAAUUGUCAUCAUUUUUGUACUGAAAUAAGUUGUCAUGGAAAAAGGGCGAAUAAUUCCCGUUUUAAGACUUAAAGUCCACCCCUGGGUAUUUUUAAGUAAAAUCUACAGACAAGCUACAAUAAUUAUUAUACAUCUUUCGAAUUUUCACUUUUUUUGAUUUCAGCUAUUUUAGACAAAAGAAUCCUUCCUACGUCAUGAUGCGCUUUUU